UAAUACAACCAAUGAUAAUAACAAUGUGAACAAAGACACUUGGAAACUAUUGGAAAGGUUGUGUGAAGAGUUAAGGCAACAUUUAGACUCCUGCAAGGCAUCAAAUUUGAAAACCCAGUAUCCCCUCUCAGGUCCUUGUCCAACAAGGUUAUCAGCUUAUCUACAAGGAGGACAUGGUCAGCUGUUUGUGACCAUGGUGGACAAUGUACUCUAUGUGCGGAAACAAUAUGAAGAAAAGUCAGAUAAAGGAGACCCUGAGAAAGAGCAGCAGUUGGCAUCUGUGCAUGAAACGAUUCAAGCACUGUUGCAAUCCCAGUCCCAGUCUGUUAUAGAUGAUGUGACUGGAGACCUCCAAGCUGACCUGCUGGAGAAAUGGGGUCUCCUUGCUGAGACACUAGCUUACCUAUCAGUUUUAUUGGGUGUGUGCAAUAAAAUGCUCAAGCCAUGGAAAACUUCACUUACAAAGAAAAAGAAGAAGAAAAACCCAGGAACAGUUGUACUGCCUGCAACUUUUGAUCAUUUUAACACAGUUGUCCAAAAAGUGGAACACUGCACUGAAGAAUUUCACAAAGUCAUCCAGGGAGUAGAUGCACAAAUAUUGUCUUUGGAAGUGCAAUCUCUCAAGCUUGCAGAUUCUUUGCAGCAAACGCAUGAAGACAGUAUCAAGACGGACGUGUGGAAGAAAAUCCAAGCCAGUUACCAACAGUCUGCCAAAGAACUUUCACAAUAUCUUCAACACAAGAUCAAAUAUUUACAUGCACUUAAACUAUGAUGAAGAGGUCCCCAAGGAACAAAGCAUGCUCAUGCCAUCUCCAUCAGUCUUGUUAAGCAUUCACAGAGUAAUGCUUAAGGUUUUCUAUAGAUAAAUUUUACAUGUACAAUUUGUUUCUUAAAUUAUAGAGGGGUAGGUUUUUGCCUUACCUUGAAGAUGAAGGAUGUGGGAGAUUUUCAUAAUUCACUCACUUUACCCACUUGAUAAAUAGACUUUAGUCUUUUUUAAUGCCAUUGAAAUGCAUGAUAAAUUGAGUUGUAAUUCUAAACAAGCUUACGUGAUGUGAAACUGCAAUAAACUCCAAGAGCUUA